AUGUUCCGCACCCUCUUCACCCCUCUCAGCUCCCGCUUCUCGCUCCCCUCGCCCCUCUCGCCCCGUUCCACGAGCCAGCAAAUCGAACCGGUCGACGCGCCGGACGAGAUCGACCCGGAGGACUUCGCGCGCGAUGUGCUCGUGGAGCUUAUGCGCAAUGCAACGGAGCGGUUGAAGACGGCAGAAACGCUAGCGGAGAGGAUUGAGGUCCUCACCGAAAUUCAUAAAAUCAUGCUGCAAGACGCAUGCACGAAGGACGUCUUUCGAGAGAUGGACGGCUUCCUGGUGCUCAUGAGCGUGCUCUCCACCAUCCACCCCCAGUUCACCCAGGAGGUGCAGGCCGAAAGCGCAGGCCCGCAACUCCUCGAGUCGACACGCCUGGUAUUUCUCAUUCUCUCGGAGUCCCUGCACCAACACAACGCGAACGUCGAGUACUUCCAGACGCACGUCGGGCUCGAGUCCUUCAAGCACGCGACCCACGCGCUCAUCACGGACAAGCGCACCGUAAAGCAGACGGCGAGCUUCCUCGCGUGCCUCGCGCUGCACGACUUCGCCUGGGCGCGCUUCUUCCUGCACAUGUCCAGCGCCGACUACGCCCAGAUGGACCGCAAGUUCCAGGACUUCGCCGCGCACCUCGGCGUGAUCCACGUCCCCGAGGCGGUCCGCGUGCUCUACGACGCCGCGACGCUCCCCGCGCGCGAGGACCGCGUCCUGCGGUACAUGGGUACCCGCCUGCUCGAGCGCCUGGCGCUGCACAAGCACCGGAACCAGUGCGUGCUCAGCAGCCUCGGGCUCGUCCGCUCGCUGUUCGAGCGGCUCAGUGGGCCGACGGAGCUGCCGAAGCCGGAGAGGCAGAUCGUGCAGAAGUUACUGAGGCGGCUGCUGGACCACAACGUGCAGACCGAGGACGCGCGGGUCAUGUUCGAGUUCGCAGUCCGGCCGGACGACACGCUGAACCCGGACCUGCUAGAGGUGCUGCGGGCAGGGAUGAAGACGAAGUGGCCGGACCAUUUCUCGUUGGAGUCGCCCGCGGCGAUCCGCGUCAGCCGGAACGCGUCGAGAGCGGUGCCGUCGACAGGGUUCACGUUCAUGAUUUGGCUCUGGAUUGAGCAAGUCCCGCGAGAUCGCAUACACAACCUCUUCUCCAUCUCCAACGGUGACCAGGAGUACUUCUCCCUGAAGCUGCGCCCCGACGGGAACUUGGAUUGCGCCAGCACGGGAAACAAGGAGCCUGCAGUUUUGAAGGCGCGCCUUGCGAAAGGUCGCUGGACGCACGUCACGCUCGUUCACUAUCCACAUCGAGGCUCCAAGCCAACAAUUCGGCUAUUCGUUGACGGUACAAUGACCGACUCUGUACAAUGGGUGUAUCCGCGUGGCGACACGACGGUGGACCGUCCAUACACCAUCGGUGACAGUACCGACGGGGCAAGUCUCAACUGGUGCAUGGCGUCUGCAUACCUCAUCUGUGUACCAUUGCCGGACGAGCUUCCACGAAUUAUUCACGACCUUGGUCCACGCUACGUCUCUCGAUUCCAAGCGAGCGACAUCGUCCGCUUCCUGACAUACGAGGCUGCGACUGCACUGAACAUCAACCUGCAUGCACGUGCAGAACAGGCGAAGGGUUCUGCGGCGGAGGUGAAGAACCUGAUCAACUCUUUCAAGAAUGGCCUGGGGAUCACCGAGACCACGUUAAUCUUCGCUAUAUCCUCCGCGACCACAUUGUUUGAGAACAAGGAGAUGGGCGACCUGAAUGAUGCGGCUCUGGACAAGGACGUUUUUGUUGCUCGAUGCAACGGUCUCGACCUCGCUAUGUGGGAGAUUGGUGGUGCGGCCGUUGCAUUGCGGUUGGUACAGAUAGCUGGCAACUCUCACGAGUUAUCACGCGCCCUCGGUGUGCUGACCGACGGCCUACGUAAUAGUUGGCAGAAUUCGGAAGACAUGGAGCAACUUCGCGGCUACGACAUCUUGUGCCACAUCCUCCGAUCGAAAUCCUUACUGAUCAACACGACCGGUUUCGAGACGCUGUUCGAAUUCCUCGGUAUGAACUUCCGUAACCCUGACUAUUCGACCGUAACCAACACCGUCGCGUACCGCGCAAUCGCCCUCGACUUCCAGCUCUGGGCACACACCCGCGAGGAGAUCCAGCUGAUGCACUUUGAACACUUCGCCACGCUAUUGGACACCAGUCGGCACAAGCGGUUCAAUAUCAAGCAGCGUCUGAGCAAAAUGGGUAUCGUCAAGAGGUUGCUCUUCGUCCUACAGACAAAUUUGUACCCCGCCGACAUGAUGCCAUUCCUGUUGGAGACGAUCCGCGUCGUUGCAGAGGCACAUUUCUCGAUUGACGAUGCCAUACGGCCUAUCGUUUCCUAUCUGGCCGCCAACCUCCAUGACUCGAGCCACGGUGCUAGCUCUCCACGUUCUGUCAUUUCUCGCAUCGACUACGUGAACGCCCAGUACAAGGCCGAGCAGGUGCUCAAGAUGCUUGUGGGAGUCCUCGACAAUACCACCAUGUUCAACAAGUUUACUGCGUGCUUGCCGCUCACCAGGAUUUGUCUCCUCCUCCUUGGAGACCGUCCUACCCCAGUCACCGCCAACUUCGUCUUGCGCAUGAUCUCCACGGCACUUGGGAUCUCGACUUCGUUCAGUCGCAAGUUCGAGCUUGUCAGCGGCUGGAAUAUCUUGAAGCUCGUUCUCCCUUACGGCUGGGACGCCACCGUACAAGACGCUGCGUGGGACGUUCUCCUUGGACGGAGUCGCGACAAGAGGGAGAUCGUUCCUCACGUGGUCUGCCCGCAUAUCGUGCCUUCAAUCUUCUCGUCUCUGAAGAUGAGUUUAGACAUGAGCAGGAUAAUGGAAGACGCCGACGCACGGGCCACGGCAACGACCAACGCUGAACACCUACUUGAGGCCCUCAUUGAGACGCACUCGGCAAGCCCGACGUUCCGCGAAGUUUUCCGCUCCAACACGAUCACUCAGCAGUUCAUCGAGGCCUACAAAAUGUACUCGUCUUCAGUGGCCCAGUCAUAUGAGAUAGAUGAAGGCACUGUCCGCGUCCUCGAGAAGCUUUCGCAUCUCGGCCUUAGCAUCGCCUUGGAUAACGCCGUGGCAUCCAACCUGAAACAGGAGAUCAUGAACGUGCUGCAAUCGGUCGAAGCCGUCCUCAACCCUCGUUCGACCCAAGAGACGAGCGUCGACGCCGCGGCAAUUGUUGGUACCAAGGGUCGCCGGAGACGAAUGGCCUCAGUCAGGCUUAGCAUGCAACUUGGAGAGAGUGCUGUCAAGCGCUCCAUCAUUCGCAUCCACGAAUGGCGCAAGUCUGUUAUCAUCACGGAGAAGAAACGGUUACGGAAGACGGCACUCGAUCUUCGUGAACAUAACCGGCAGAUCGCUGCUCUAACCGACUGGUCUACCGUUUUGACAACAGAGCGGGGGUUGUGGGCCAGGCCUGACAUCAAACCUAGCUGGCGGUUAGAUGAGACCGAGGGGCCUUAUCGUGUCCGCAAAAAGCUCCAGCAAGACGACGAGAAGAUGCCUAAUUCUAAGGUCGAUCAUCAACAGAUCGCUGAUGUACAGGACUUUGACGUCGACACACAGUCUAUCAUGCAGCUCGAGGUCCCUCCGUGGUCGGAAUCGUACGAGCUGUCGGCGACCGAACAAGAUGAUCAGUUGGGUGAAGAAAUCGUGGAUGACAAGCAUCGUCGAGUCAGACACGAACUAGAACCUGGCGACAUCAUCGACGCUGUCAAGACCGUUGCGCGGAUAUCUGGUGUCGACUCAUCUCCCGGUCUUUUGAUCAUCGGUCGCAGCCAUCUAUACCUCCUUGAUGGUCUGGUUGAGAAUGACGACGGCGAGGUCAUCGAGGCUCAAGAUGCACCACGAAAAUUGUUCUUCGUGCCCGGCAGUGUCAUGGACCUUGAACACCAUCAACGCGCCCAACGAUGGUCACACGAUCAGAUUAUGAGCUUAAGUGAUAGGACUUUUUUGUUCCGAGAUGUCGCGCUGGAGUUGUACUUCCGCGACAGCCGCUCGCUGCUCGUUGUUUUUGUGGACAGGAAACAACGGCGAGAGAUGACCGGCAGGCUAACCUCCAUCAUACGAUCGUUCGGCGGGGACCCUGGAAGCGCGGGCUUGAUGAAGUCGCCCUUCACCGGGAAGCUUAGCGGACGCUUCGGAGGCAAGUACCUGAACGGCUUUGGCUCGGACGAGCUCUCUAUCGCGCAGAGGAAAUGGCAGUCUCGCGAGAUCUCCAAUUUCACGUAUCUCAGCAUCCUGAAUCAGGUCUCUGGACGAACGCCAAGCGACGCUACUCAGUACCCGGUAUUCCCAUGGGUGCUCAGUGACUAUACAUCAGAGAAGCUUGACUUCUUCUCUACUGACACCUUCCGGGAUUUGUCGUUGCCCAUGGGGGCUCUUACGGAAGGUCGUCAAGAGGCUGCUCGCUCACGCUACGAGAACUUGAUGAGUGUUGAGGAGAAGCCUUUCCACUACGGCACUCACUUCAGUUCUUCAAUGAUCGUAUGCCAUUUUCUCAUCCGGAUGGAGCCCUUCACGCACAUGUUCAAGACUCUGCAAGGGGGUGAUUGGGAUCUCCCUGAUCGACUAUUCGUCGACAUCAAGAGAGCCUACACUUCAGCAUCACAGGACAUCCGAGGAGACGUGCGCGAACUCAUUCCGGAAUUCUUCUCCUGCCCUGAAUUCCUUGAGAACUCGCAGAAUCUGGACUUUGGUGUGCAACAGAACACUGGAGAAAAAAUUCACGACGUCAAGCUCCCUCCCUGGGCGAAGCACGAUCCUCUCUUGUUCAUCAUAAUGCAUCGAAAGGCCCUCGAAAGUGACUUUGUUAGCGAACACCUGCCAACAUGGAUAGACUUGAUCUGGGGAUGCAAACAGGCCGACGCCGACUCCUACAACGUCUUCCACCCUCUCAGCUACGAAGGUGCAAUUGAUCUCGAUGCUAUCACCGAUGACCUCGAGCGAGAAGCAACUGUUGGUAUCAUUCACAACUUUGGUCAAACACCUCGCAAGAUUUUCGCUACUCCUCAUCCACCACGCAACAUGCAUGGCAACUCGGCACUUCCAUUGGGCCAGAUCUACGGUAUCGCCGAAGACUACCAUCUGCUCACACAAGGGUCUCGCCCGCUCAAAGACCUUGGUCCUGAAAUGCCUAUAAAGCGAUUAGUGCUCGACCUCAUCGGCCAACAAGUAAUACCUUGCGCGGAGGGGACCCUUUGCGUGACGUCCCGGCCUCAUGAAAGUGUCGUAUGGGACACCGGCGCCGUCUCAACAGGUACCCUAAAAGUCGUUGUUGAUCGCCGGGUGUCCCAAGUCAUCGAAUCUGCUUUCUGCUGCUGCGCGACCUUCGCAGAUACGGACACGCUCGUCACGGGUUCCACAGACAACAUGGUACGACUGUGGCACGUCAGCAGGAACGAUCGAAGUCGGGAGCAACCGGUGUCCCUCACGCUCACGCAUCUCAUGCGUGGUCACACUGCGCGUGUGACAUGUAUAGCGGCCUCUCGGGCGUGGUCCUUGAUCGUCAGUGGUUCGCAAGACGGCAGUGCUGCGCUGUGGGACCUCAAUCGUGGCGUGUACACACGUUCAAUCUGGCAUGGGACGGGUUCAGCUACAGAUAUCCAUCUUACUGCUGUGAACGAGAGUACUGGUUAUAUCGCCACAUGCUCACGAGAUUGGUUAUGGUUGCACACUGUCAACGCACGACCCAUCGCCUGUUUGGACCUGACGAAUUCUGCGCCUACACCAUUGUGGCCUCCAGUCACGUCAAUAGCAUUCCUCGAGCGCGACUACUCACAAAAGGAUAUCAUUGCCACCGGCGCGCCCGAUGGCACGAUCACCCUCCGGACAUGGAACACGGACAACACACCAGAAGGGGAGAAGGCGCGCUGGGAAUUCAAGACUGUCAAGACCCUCAAGGUGAAGAACGAGAGCCGGCUACGAAGUGCCAUUCCAUGUGUGACUGCGCUCAAGUUUGUGGGAGAGUCACUUUAUCACGGCGAAGAUACGGGGCGGACGUACGGAUGGGAACUUCCAGACUAG